GGAAACAUGGAGGAGAAGAGGAACCAAAACAGUGCAGCCUGAAAAAUCAAACCGGGCAAUUCAGAAAACACUAUUAUAAAUGUAUUAAUUUUAAUUAAAAUGUCUCUGAGUGCAUCCUGUGACUCGGUCUCUCAGAAGAGGACUCUGUCGAGCCUCCUCGCUGGUCGUGUGGUGAAGAGGCCGAAGCAGGAAGACGGUCAGCGGCUGCAGGAGGCGGCGAUCCAGCUGUUGGAGCAGCAGCAGAACCUCUGCAGUCUGCUCAGGGAGGUCGGGAAUCCAGACCUGUGCAACCUUUUCCGCACUCAGAAUGGAGAGCAGAAACAGGCAGACCAGGAAGGCAUCUCGUCUGCCGGUGCGGGUUCACUGCUGGUGUGUGAGCUGCGGCGUCAGGCCUCGCAGCUGGGUGUCCCUGCGGCAGUGCUGGCGGUGAAGAUGGUGCUGGAGAGGCUGAUGGAGAUCACUGGAUCCAAGGAAGUGAUGGAAGAUGGGGACGAAAGGAGAGGGCUGCUCUCUUUCUCUCAGCGAGUCCAGCUGUGUGUCCUGCUGGAGUCCAGCAAACAACUGCUGUCCCAGGGAGCCUUCUGCCCUAAACUGCUCUGGCAGGAGUACAGAAGAGAUCAGAGGCUACCCCAGCUGGAGGUGGUGUACCAUCUUCACUUUUACAACAUCCUCACUCUGAAGUACAUUUUAGAGAGUGAUGAAGGAGUCCGGUUGUGGUUGGUGUCUCAGUUGAAGGCUCUGUGCAGCUGGUCACCUCCACAAGGAGAAGGGGAGACCAACGAAGUUCAACAGAAAGUUCUGUCAACUGUGGUUGGGGUCUUGGUGGGAACUGGCUUUGAGCUGAGCCAUGAGCUGGCAGCUGCAGACAGGAGGAUCUCGUUGCUGUGCUGCUCAGUGCUGGACGAAAUGCUCUUCUGGCUUCUGGACACCGUGGAAGAGAGUCAGACGCCAGAGAAUGCUGGAGCAGGAGCCGAGCUAUGGAUUCAGAUAUUUGAUGCAUCGUUGUGUGGAGUUUCAGCGUCAGCAGACGCCCUUCAGCGUUUCUUCACACACUCCCUCACACAGACUCUCACUUACAAGCCUCGACUAACAGUAUCAGAUGCCGUCACUCUGCAAAACGAGUGGACCUUCGCAAAAGCCAGUCGAUUGGUGACCUCUCUUUUCCGUAAGCUGGCUGUGAUCUUCAGUGUGGAGCAGCUACUGUGUCACCUGCAGCAGGUUUUGGAAACCCAUGAGGUUAACUGGAAACACGUCCUGUGUUUCCUCUCCACUCUGCUGGUUUACAGCCCCUGUGCCCAGCUAAGCCUAAGAGAGCUGCUGUCCAGACUGCUGAGUUCUGCAUUUGAAGGCUAUGACCUGGAGAACAUGAUAACUGCCUUUCUGUUGGCUCGACAGGGUGCGCUGGAGGGGCCUGGCAUCUUCCCCUCCUACAGCGACUGGUUCAAGAUGUCCUUCGGUGGAGGCAGUGGUUACCAUGCAACCAGUAAGAAAUCUCUGGUGUUUCUGCUGAAGUUCCUUUCUGACCUGGUGCCCUAUGAACCCCCACAGUACCUGAAGGUUCACAUCCUGCACCCUCCAUACAUACCUGUGAAACACCGCAGCCUCCUGAUGGAGUAUGUCUCUCUGGCCAAGACCAGACUGGCUGACCUCAAGGAGUCAGUGGAGGACAUGGGAUUAUAUGAAGAUGUUUCUGGUACAGGUGGAGCAUCAGCGCAGUGCCAGGCUUCCCAGGAUGUGGAGAAGGCAGUGUCUUUGUUUGAGAGCACAGGAAGAAUCUCUGCCACAGUCAUGGAGGCCAGUAUUUUCCGGAGGCCAUAUUUCCUGACACGAUUCCUCCCUGCUCUGCUGACACAGAGAGUGCUUCCUGUGAAAGCCGAUACUCGGAUGAGUUUCAUAGAAGCUCUGAGAAAAGCGGAUAAGAUCCCUGCUGCACAGUAUUCAUCUUAUGUGGAGGCCUGCCAGAAACAGAGGCAGCAGGAUUCUGGUGCAGUGUGUUUGGACACCAAUGAUGACCCUCUGGAUGUCCUGAAGAUUCAGCUGCAGGAGUUCACAGAGCUGCUUGUUGAAGGAAAUGAAGGAGAGAUGUCAGCCCAGCUGUCCAGAAUCUCACACACUCUGAGUGUCAUCUUUCCUGGCUGUCCCGAUGAGCCGAUUGGACAGACAGUCAUCGAACUCCACAUAAACACUCCUCUGUCCCCUGAGCUCCACAUCAAAGUUGUCAACAUGAUCCUGAGAAACUUCUGCCAGUGCACGUUAGACGCUUCCCGAGCUAACCCUCCUAAUAAACAAAGCCUGUGGGCCUCCAGGUUUGUCAGUGUGCUGCUCGGUAACACACAGCUCCUCUCCAGCCUCAUACACAGACUCUGGGACCUAUUUCAUAACCAGGGGUCAUCACUGAGCGCCGCUCACUUACUCGGCCUGGCAGCGUUUGCGGUCCACCUCCACGCCACCAUGUCCCACGGUCCUUUAGUUCAGCUGGUCCCACCCAUCCUGCCUAAGCCGGUACCGGUCGGAGAAGCUCUCAGCUUGGCGCUGGUCUGCAGCACUCACACCAACAUGCUCUUCUGCGUCAGGUUGUGUGUGGCGGCUGUGUGCUAUGGGAUCUGCAGAGGGGAUUCACUGCCUCAGCAACAACAGCAGGACUACAUCCCCAACAGCCUCUAUAAGAAGCUUCUGUACAUCAUCCCAAGACUGUUGCCUGAAGCCAGGAGAACUCCCAUCACUGCUAGCGGUCCAGUCAGUGAAUACCAGGAGGAGAACCUGCCCAGCCUGUGGAGCAGUGCCACAGACACCAGCAGCACCUGGAGGAAGACUGCUUGGCACCUGUGGAGGCACCCUGCUUUCUGUCAGCUACAACACACACCACAGUAUCAGUUGUUGUUCUCAGAAUGGCUGGCUAAUGAGCUCAGAGUACAGAGAAGUGAGGACGCCCUGUCAGACCCAGAACGUCAGGAGUACCAGCAGUGGGCCUGCUUGGAGCUGUACCUGUCUCGUCCGGUGGAGCAGGGAGGCUGUGGAGGUGACAUGAAGAACCUCUGCUCUCAUCUGCUUAAUGCCAUCAUGGACCAGCACUUAAGUGUCCAGACCCUUGAAAUGCUGGAUCACAGAGUGUCAGGAACAGGGACCUGUCUGCCAGACAUCCUGUCCAUAGUCCAGGAGCUCGUCUAUGAGAUGGAAUUGACCGACCUCUCCGGCAGCCAUAGAAGCAGAGCUGAUUUGUGUGACUUCCUGUUUGAUUUGGUGUCUGAGAGAUGCUUCUCUUCCUCCUCCGCAACGAGCUCGGCUUCACUGAGCAUCAGCGGCGAGCUCAGCCUGCAGCACACUCUGAACACAUGGAACAGGGUGCUGCUGGCUCUCCCAGCAACGUUAUUCAUUCAAGUAAAGACUGAAGGAGGGAGGACGAGUCUGGAGUGCAACAAGCUGAUAGAGCAUGUCAACCAGCAUCAGAGGAAGGCGUGUUCUCCAGCCGGCUUGCUGUCCUGCCAUCUGACCGCGCACCUCCUGAGAGGCGUGUUAUGUGCCAGUGUACGCUGCGGGGGACGCUCAGCAGAGGAAGUCAACAAAGCCUGGACUCAGAUCAGUCGACACUGUCCUCUGCUCCUGGUCUCUACAGUGCACUGGUGGGAGCGUCUGUCUCCAGUGCUGUUGUCACUGUGGCAUCGUCUAUGUGAUGGAGAACCUCUACCAGAGCAGCUGCAGCUCCUCACUGACUGUCAGAAGUGGGCCUGCAGUGUAGAGAAGGGCCUGUCGUCACCAGCGCCUGCAGCUGCAGCUCUGCUCCUGGCUGCUAGCCUGCAUCGUGCCUGGCGAGACUGUGGGUGCAACAACCAGGGCUUCUGUACCGCCCUGAAUAUGCUGCGACCAGAGAGGGGCAUACAGUACCAACAGGUGCUUGUUUUUCUGCUCUUCCUGUGUGUCAACGACUACCUGUCAGCACUGCUGUAUCCUCCGGAGAAGAGCCACGAGAAAGCCUGGACUUUAUGCACAGACCUCCUGGCUGUGUUGGUGGACUCUGCUGACUGGCUGCUCAUCUUCAAAUCAAACGAGCAAGGUGUUUACCAGGCGAUUACCAUGGUGACAUCAAAUGAGUUUACCCGACUGAUGCCUUGGGCCUUUUACAGCCUGCUGCUCCAGCUGAGUGCUGAGCUGCUGCAGAGAGCUGUGUGUUGUCCAGGGUUCCUCCAUACUGCUGUCCUCUGCUACAUCAGUCUCCUGCAGCUCUUCCUGGAAGGACACACACCCACACCAACCACUGGACACUCUGACAAUCAGAUGGAGCCUUCCCAGGUUCUGAGCCACGCCAAGCAGUUUCUUCUGAGAGCGAUCUCACAGACGUCUCCAGCUGCUCUGUCCUCCAGCCAGAUCAGACAGCUGGAGUCCCAGUGUGCAGACCUGGACCCAGAGGUGGCAGCGGCUCUCUCUGUGCACCUCGACCCUCACAGCCUCAGCCCAGAGAUGGACUUCCUGUAAACAGCUGCAGACUGAGCUGACGUUCAGGCACAGAAACUCAGAUAAAGUGAAGUGUGAGACCCACUUUGUACAGCUGGUACUUUAUUUGUUCUGAUGUAAUCCAGCUUCUAACAAGUUCCUGUUAUUUCUGAUAUUCAUCAGAAUUCUCUCACUGUUCAGAUUUGACAAGUUUAAAAAAAAACUGACACUCUGGGUUAAAAAAAGUCUACAUUUUAUUUACAUGUCUUUUUGUACAUAAUCCACACAGGACUUUAUUAUACACCUGAAGCCCUUUUCAAUGUUUACAACAUAGAGACACAUUCUUAAAAAGAAUACUUAACAUUGUAAUAACUUAAUAAAAAACAGUGACCUAAUAAAACUGAAGUGAAUGUU